GUGUGAUGUAGGAGCAGCGGCGGUGGCUCACAGGCCUGAAGGAACAGCUGCUCAUGUUUACCACUCACUUUACACGUGAAAGUGAAGCUCUCCAGGACACCAUUAAGGCUUCAUAUUCGCAUGGGUUAGAGUAAGAUCCACCAUGACCUAAGUGAAAAGCAUCUGGGAUAUGUGAGGUGCAGUGGUCAAUACACAGCCACAUCUGGUAGGCCCAGUAAGGUGCUUUUCGGCUUGGUGAGGUGAACAUUUCUGUUAAACUGUGUGUAAAUUUAAUCCUUCACUGCCUCGUAUUGUGUAGUGAACUCUCGUCGUGAUUCAUUAUGGCAGAUAAGCUCGGUCUGGAUGGUGAAGAAAAGGAAAUGAAGCUUGGAGAUACGUUCAACAAAGGUUACAAGGACGCUGCCUAUCACACCAUACGAUAUGACUUCAAGCCAGCGAGUGUUGACAAGCAGAAGAUGGGGACGGUGGAGGUGGAAGGCAAUCAUCAAGUGUCUGUCACAGUGCCACAUGUUGAGGGUUCAGGCACCUCCCAGACAGUGUUCAAGGGGAAUCAUAAGCAAGUCGCCAAAGAGUGUAUCCUCAUCAUUGACCAUGUCACGGGAGAGAUUGUGCUAGAACGCAUAUCACAAACUAUAAGUGUAAAAACCACUAGACCAGAGGGAAGCAGCCGGAUCCCUACUCAGCGGCCUACGACCCCCUUAGAUCCUUCUUCCCGAAAAAAUUCCCCACCACAGAAGUGCUCUCCUUCCCACCUACCUUCAAGAGGCUCAGCCAACUCACUCUCAAGACCUUCACCUUCCCAUGUUAAAUAUUCUCCUCCACCUAAAUCCUCCCCACAUGCAAGGUCUCCCUUUCCCAACAAAAGCCCUAACAGUAAUCACUGCACAGCUCCAGGAUCAAUGCCAAUGUUGGGAUUUGAUGAUGCUGAUCCAGUUGAAAAAGGGGAGAUGAGUGAUUCAUCGAGUGAGUCGGACAGCAAUAGCAGUUCCUCUUCCUGUAGUGACUCUGAUUCUGAUUCUGAGCCAGAGCAAGAAACAGUUGCAAAAAAGGCCAAUGGCCAUGGCACCAUGGUGAAUGGAACCAACGAUUUAAUCGAAGACCUUCAAUUGUCCUCUGCGUCUGAAGAUAGUGAUUAACGAGUAGUCAGGAUCGCAGCCUGUCUGUUGUCCAGGGAAUAGUGAAAAAUAUAUGUAUAGAUCAUUAAACAUUUGCUUUUAUAUUUCUAGAGGGAUAGAAAAGCAAGUCAUAAAGAAUUUUGUUAUACUUUUCUAAAUGUAUGACCCUCAUAUUCACAGCUGGUGUAGUUGAUCUGGCUGAUGUCUUCAUAGAAUUAAUAAUUAUUUUUUUCUUUAACUUCUUAAAGAACGUUUUAUAUCAUAUUUGCUUAUAUCUGCUUCUAUUUUGUUUGGUAAUGAAAUUUACAAUGACAAGCAACUUUAGUUUUGUUGAGUUUUAUGAAUAUAUUAAAUAAUAAUCCUUAUUUAAUUUUACACACAUUUACAGGGAAAGAAAGUCUUUUUAUACAAUGAAAUACUGUACUGUACUAGAAAGUACUGUACUAGUCUUAUACAAAAUAUUAAGAUGCACCAAACUAGCACCUCUAAGUUUUCUUCUGCUUGUGUUUCUUAAAAAUUGGCCUUACAGGAUUGCUUGUCUACACUAUCUUGUCACAAACAUUGUGUCAUAUUUCAGUCACUUGACUUACAGUAAAGAAGUAAAUUAAACUGCCAUGCACUGCUGAAUGACAAAAUAUUGACUUCAUUUAUAGAGUUCACACCAGUUAGAAGACAUACCGUAUAAAAUAUUUACAAUUUGACAUAAUUAAAAACUUAAGCACAUUACUCUAGUAUGAAAUUAUCACUACUGUAUUAAAGUAAUUAAUUUUAUUGUACACAUGAUAAGAGGAAUUACCAAUAGCAAAGUCAUAGUUGAAAAAUGAAUUUUGAUGGGUAGAAUAGAAUAGACAGAUUCCGUCCUCCCUAUAGAAGGCAAAUUGAAGGUAAAAAAAAAAUUAUUUAUUAGGUAAGAGAGAAUUUUGGGCACGAUAUACCUGUGUUGGAUUGUUUGUGUUUAUUAAAAAAAAAAUAAAAGAAACUCUCCCAUCCUAAAUACUCAUUACAUUUUGUUUGUUUGAAUCAUGAUUGCCAUUUCACAAGAAUUUGUGGAGUGUGCACAGAGUUUCUGUCUUGUGUGCUUUUUAUGUCAAGUAGUGGUGGUGAGGCUUUAUUUGAUCUGGUGUGCUCAGACUGGUCAUUUUAUCAUAUUUAAAGUCCCAGAUUGAUUAAAAAUCCUUGUGAGGUUGGUGGUGUAAUCACCUUUGCUUUGUCUGAGAGUAACCCAAAUUAGUAAAUUAGAUAAACUGUACUGUACUUGAAAGCAGGUUCAGGGCCUCCUAAUCUUGACCUUAAGAAUGGAAGAGUAGCAAAUGUAAUAACUGGUGGCAGAAGUUAUCUAUAUCUAUCUUUGAUACCUUAUUCCGUCCAGGAUUUAAGGGUUGGCCACGAAUAUACAGACUCUUCCUCAAAAGUUUUAGUCACUGACCAUCUUGGUGGUGUUGAGUGUUAAUGACCCUGGAGUUAUACUUGACACAUUUGUUGAAGAAUUCUACAUGCUGGUGUGGUUUUUACAUACAGAGUCACUUACUAUACACAAAACAGCAUGCACAGUUUCAUAUUCAUUCAUCUUUCUUUCUUAAAAGCUCAAUUACUUACUGAGAUGACUUUAAUCAUAACCUAAUUUUUCCUUCCUAUUUUAUUUUUAUUGUAUAACUUUUUUCUUCUGUGUAUUAAGUUCUUGAAAGGAUUAAAUGAAGGAUGGGGAUGAAUUUUAAAAGUUAAUCAGUGGUUAGUAGUGAGAAUGAUGAGUUUGUAAUAUUAAAAGAGUGCAUGUACAAAUGGCCUUGGAGUUGAAGAGAUAUAAUAUGUAUUUCCUGUACAGAAUGACCGAAUACAUCAUGAGUAGGCUUACUGUCAGUGCUUUCACGAAAUGAAGUGGUAAGUAUACGAUAACUGGAUUUCAGGAAGUGUAGUUAGGGAGUAAAUUUAUCUAAUAUUGUAAAGUGUAUUAUUAUAUGUGAUGUAUAUAAAUUGACUUGAAAGACACAGUGUUGAAUGCAACAUUUACACUAUUUAGAAUGCCUUUAAAAUUGUGACAUUUGUCUGAUAUCAGCUCUCUUACUUUAAAUGCUAUUUUUGCAUGAAGAUUUUGUGUAAUUUUUGCUAUGAAUAUGUAAGAUUUUUAUUUUAUAAUAAAAAUAAAUUGCGUGCAGCAUACAGUACAGUAUAUGCUGAAUCUUGUGUCCAACCAGUACACAGAAAAAGAUGUGUACAUGAGUAAAGAAAUUGGUAAUGCAAUCUAGUGAUUUCAGUAUAAUGUAAGUUACCAAUCAACAUCUUUGAAACUAGUUUGUAUGGUCAAUUUUGUUUGCAGUACCAUUGUGUGUUAUAUCAGAUAUAAUUCAUCAAUGGCUGUGAAGCCCUGUUUCUUCCAGGAUUUAAGGGAUGGUUCAAACACUUGAGCCAUUGACCAUCUUCACUCUUAUCAUGCAAUAUUUGAAUCAUUUGCUGAAGUAUGAUACAUCUUUGUUUGGCUGUCUUACUUAACAGUUGAAUUAAGCAAAAAAUGAAUUUUUUUGGUCUAAGGUAGUUUGUUGUCAGGUCGUGUGUCAAACUGAAGACAUUAAGUGCACAAUCAAAUAUUGAAUGUGGAUCUUCUACUUAUGUCUUUGAAAUCAACUUUGCAGUUUGUGUAAUGUACCUUCUUUGAAACCCUGUCUUUCCCUUUAACAUAUUUGCAACUGCAGCUCAGGAAAAAGAAAUUUGCAUGACUUGUGGUUGUUUAAAUAACUGAGGAUAGCACUGGACAGAAUAAAUCUUGUAAAAGAAGGAAACUUUGUACAUCAAAGUAUUGAUAACCUUCUCCCUCCUUGCAUUUAUCUUAUUAAAGAUUAUAUUGUUGAAAACUAAAGUUCUUCUUUAUCUAUUUCAAAGCUAAGAGAAAGUUAAGCAUAAUUACUUAUUUGAAUUGAUAUUUUAGUGUCAAGUGAGUAUUGAGUGUUUGUAAGCAAAAGAAUUGCAGCAUUCUAAGUUUUGUAUAUCUGCUCUUUAUGUACUUGUCACCACAAUCAUAGAUUAAUGAGACUUUAAUCUCACGCAAAGAAUCACAACUCAGUGAAAUGUAUUUUCAAAACAUAUUGGUACAAAAGAUUAUUAUAUGUGACCACUUUUAUGGUAUUAUUUUGAUGGUAUUUAUAUGAUGAUUGUAAAGCACUGGUUGAAGUUCCACAUCAUACAGUACUUGAAGUUGAGGAGGAUCAAAUGAGACACAUAAAUGAUCCCUUAGUGACAUGAGGUUGGAAGGGUUUUAUCAUUGGCUGUGGUAUGUCCACUUGUACAGGGUUAAUCACUGGCAUGUCAAAACCACAGACUAAAGAUACCCCCUCGCCUGCAACCCUAAAAGAUUAUGGGAUAUGUGUUCAUCUAUCUUUAGGUUUUUUAUUGGAGGAAAGUAGGAAAGUGAGCAAAUAUAUUUUUAUGCCAUGAGAAACUGGCAAAGUCAAGCACUAAGAAGAACCAUGCAAAAACUUUAGAAUUUAGAUUAGUGGCAAAUAAAAUGUUUGACUUGUAGAAAAUUUCUGAGUGAAACAUUAUCUCAAGUGUACUUGGUGUUGCCUUCUGUUGGAGUAGUUGAGAGAUAAUUUGCAGUGAAUCACUAAAAUUUGUUAUGUUGCAAGGUUAAACUGUAUUAUAAUUUAAGGUUAGAGUCAGGCUGCUAGCUGUACAAUAUUUAAAUGAUGCUCUGAGAUUUAAUCAAGUCAUCAUUAUUUCUUGGUGUGAUUUUCUUUAUAAGAUUUGUUUUAUUUUUAGUCCUUAAAAUAAUGUUUAGCCCCCUUGCUCUAGCCUUCUUGGCCAAAUCAACUUAACAUAUGCAGUUCUAUGACUCAGACUGCAUGAGGAGUCAUGACAUAUAAAAAAUAUAUUUUAUAUAGGAUAGGAAAUCACGAGUCAUAAUAUUAAUUUUGUACAUAGAAAUAUUAACAUUUAGCCACUGUGUGGCCUAUUGCUGUGUAGUAAAAAAUAAUGCGUUCUUUUGAAGGAAGCGUGAUUGGUGUAGUUGAUACUUAUUAUAUUUUACUUCUUUUGAAUUGUUUUUCAAUACAUAAAACCACUUGAGGCUUACUUAAUUGUCUGGAACUGUUUGAAGCAAAAUAGCUACUGGAAGUGAUUGACUAAAGAACAUGAGUCUAAGAUUUAGAGGCCCAGAUAACAUCAGUCUCAUCAAGUAAUUGCAGGUCAAGUCUAAUAAAUGUUUAGAGCAAAGUUUGUACUGUAUUGAAAUGACAAUUUAUGAUAACCCUUACAACCAGCUAAUACAGUAAAGUUCAGCCAUUUAAACAUUAUCUAUUAAAAUGAUUGACUGAACUAUAGUUGCAUUAAAAUAUGUUCCGAGUAUUUCAUAUUCCUGUAGUGUAUAAUCAGGUAUUCAUGAUAAUCUGCAGGCAGGUAAUUAUCACAUGUAAUGGAAGGGUAGUACUGUAACUGAAGUCUUUUUUUUAAAUUCCACCAUUGUCCUAACGUGAAUACAGUAAACCUUUGUUAUUUGUGGGGAUUGGGUUCCAAGGAUUUGCUCAAAUAGGCAAAACCAUGAUAAGCAACUUAUACUACCUUAGUGCACUCCUAUACCAAACAACCAACCAGCCGUGGCAGCACUCAUCCCCUCUCUUAACAUAUCUACUAAUUAAACUUAUUUUGUCAGGGACAUCACUGACUUCUGCCUUUUACAUUUCACUCCACUAGCACUGACACUAGGCAGUCUUUUAGGGGUCAUUUCACACAGAAACACUAAAGUUUUGAGAGUACAACAUGAGAUGCUGCCUCACAGGCAAUGAUUGAAGGAGAGGAGACACUGCAGGCACGUGGGGUUACUUGUUGCGCUGCGGGAAAAGGCUCGCAAACUAGCCACCAUAGCCACCAUCUGCUUAUCGCGAAUCGUCGAAAUUGCGAAUCGCAAACCCAUGAAUGGCAAGGGUCUACUGUACAUAAAAAGUACCACCAGUGUGUCAGCUUAUUAUAAUGAUACAACCCAUGUUAUUACUCUAAGUAAAAUGUAUUAAAUCCUUAAGAGUGAGCCUUGACUGAUAGCUUGUAGACUCGAGAUAGAGCAAUUGGCUAUUAGGUCUCGGCAGUGUAUUUCCAUUGUGCGUAAUCAUAUUUUCUCUGUAGUACAGGUACAUGUAAUCAUUAAUAUGGUUCUAAUAACUAUUAUUGGUUCCAGUUAUACAUUGUAACAACUACUAUUUAUUCCAUUGGCUAGAACAUCAUAUUGAAAUUUAAUACAUAAAAUCAUGGUAUUCUACGUUUUUAUUUAAUAUUUAUUAUUAGGAUACUGUAUUUACUGCCAAAAGAUUUUGUUCCUUUGAGAACAAUCACCAUUCUCGAGAUCUUGUAAACUGGUUGCCAUCUUAAUUAUACCAUUUUCAAUUAAUUAUGCCAAAGACAAUUCCACUUUAAAUAGAGUGUAUAAUACUGUAGUUAAGUGAUCAGAAUUGAGCAGUUUGCCAAUAGUCAGUAUCUGCAUAGAUUAUGGAGUUGAAAAGAUUUAAAAAGUUUGUAUUGUUUAUUUUAGAGGGAUAGGGUAAUACCUUUUAAGUAAAGAUAGCAAUUUUUGGAUUAAAGUCAAUGUUGACCAAAGGUUAAUUUAUUUAUAUAGAGAACUGUAUAUAAAUUCUUAUUUUUUAUAAUUUUGAAAAGGUGUUAUAGUACAUUAAUGCAAUGGCUAACAGUGUUCCAUUAAAAGACUUGUUCAGAGGAGUGAUUUGGUAGGUCAUUAUCCAGUAUUGUGUGUUUGAGGAUUAGACAAGUAAUGUCUGACGAGCACAAUUGGUAGAGUUGUUUGUUAGGCUCCAUCAAAACAUUCUGUGGUCUUAAGUUAUAACACUGGGUAAUAUCAUGUGCUCCUGUGUGCUUGUUUGCUUCCUUCGCAAAGUAUAGGCCUGCGACUGGGAAUUGUACAGAAUUUCUAGUGGUACUGUACUGUACUUACUUUACCGGUUAAUAUUUUUGUGAGGAGCAACGGCAGUUCUUGUAGCCUAUAAAGCUCACUUGAAACAUUAAAAAAAAAAAAAAAAUGUGUUAUAAUGCUGCUAAAUAGCUUAGGACAAAAGCACCAUAACAUAUCAUUGGAACUGGAAUGACUGAUAUUAUGACAACUAAGCCCCUGAGUGAUGCCAGGAUGGUAGUUUCUUCAGUAGUCUUGACUGUUCUGUACUGUAGUAAUAUCGAGAGUGGUGUUAUGGGUCUCCUACAUUAUUACUAAUACUGUAGUUCUCUAUGGUAUUGCUAGUAUUGGAGGUUCUUUUCUUGGCAUUAAAUUGUCCCAUUCUUACUAUGAAUGGAGAGGAUUAUGCAGCUCCACUUAGGAGAAAUUGUAACACCUCUAAGGAUUUCUUCACCAUUCUUACAGUAUUUUCAGUGUUAUAUUUACAUCUACAUUAUUGGCGGUGUUGUAGUUUCCUCUACAGUAUUGUUAAUAUAUGUGAUUUCUUCCUCAAUGCUGAUAAUGCUGUUUCUUCAUAAGCACUGCCAAUGCUGUUGAUCUCACUCACAGUAAAUGGAUUUUCUUGGUGGCACUGCUGUUACCAUUCUUAUGCAGUAUUCCCAAUGCUGUGUCCUGUUACAGCAAUGUCAGGGCUGUUUUUAUUACAGGAUUGGCAGUGCUGUGUUUCCUUGCCUUAUGUAUCAAUGCACAUGGACAAUGACUAUUUAUUCUCUUCAAUAAAACCUUUUUACA